AUGGGGACUUACCUCGCCAUGGACAUGAACCAUCACCUGUCGCCCUCAUUGCUGGGCUACAGCGCACCGGACUUCGACCCUUAUCCCUUCCCACCGGAAGACGAGCUUUACUUUCAACCGCCUUCGGGGCAGAUUCUCUCACCACAAUUGCAGCUUGGCAUAGUCCCGCCCCCUCCACCAUGCAAUUUCUCAGACUCCUCCGCCGGCGAAAAAGCAACCACACCGAGCUCUGAUUGCGUGAACUCUGAGAUCGUUCGCAAGACUGCGGCCAAGCCGAGACUGGAGCGAAGGGGACAUACGAAGAGUCGCAGGGGAUGUUACAACUGCAAGAGGAGGCGCAUCAAGUGCCAAGAGACACAACCAGCGUGUGGACAUUGCGUCAAGACGGGAUUGAAAUGCGAAUAUCCUUCUCUCCCUCAAAUCACCCAUCAACCUCACAACCAGAUCCCCAUAUUCAGUCUGCAAGAUAUGCGCCUCUUCCAGCACUUCCUCACCCAAUGCUACCCACAUCACCCAUUGAAGCAGGAAGAAGUUUGGACACACGAAGUACCCUGCAUCGCUCACAAUCACGAAUAUCUUAUGCAUGCUAUUCUCGGCUUUGCAGCAUCAGAACUUCAAUCGACAGAUAGCAGCCUCUUAACAGCCGCCGUGAACCAUCGAGUCAAGGCCAUCAAAGCCAUCAAGAAGCGCCUGGCUGAUGCCGCGAGAUCUAUCUCUUCUGCUGAGGAGACCAAUGCUAUGAUCGCCACCUGCUUUGCUCUUACAUUCCAAUCAGUCAGCUUGGAUGAUGGAUUGGCAGAGUUUAUGACCUUUAUCCGCGGUAUCUUGAUUGUGGGGAUGCAGAUGAUGUUCAGAGGUAUCAAACCUAUCUUCACGACUCUAAUGGACGAAGAGCAGAAGGAAAAGCUUUUGGAACCCCUGAUGGAAACCCUCCCCUUGAUCCAGAGGGGUUGGGCAGAUUCUGCUCUUGAGGCGAUCGGCAGUUUACGACCACUGUGCAUUGAGCAGGUACAGAUUGAGUAUUACGACAAGUUGAUGGACAUAGUACAGAAGCUCUACAUAAGUUCUUGGGAUGCGUACAAAGCACACGGACAACAGUACGGUUGGUGGAUGAUGCUUCCACACAGCGUCUUUCAGGAGCUCAUCAGCCCUGACAACCAAGUCAUUUUGCUUCUACACACACAUUGGAUUGCUUUGGGCGAGGUGAUGGCAUUUAUUACACAACAAGAAUAUGAGGUGCGGGAGAAGCACGCGUCUGGUGAAGGGCGCAAUAUCGACCCUGGAAUGCUUCGAUGGUUGCGGUACCUGAAUGCACGAGUCGACUAUGAACACCAGAUGUAUAACCAAUGGCCGAUGUGGGUGGAAGCGCAACUGGAUCGAGAUCUUUCAUUUUUUGGGAAGCUGAGAUAA